AGUCACCUACUCGUUCGGCCCUAUGCCUCGCCCCAAGCGCAGCGAAUCGUCCUUGCCACCGCCCGGCUCCUCCAAGAAGCGCAAGCAUCCUCAGCAACCGCCGCCGCCGCCGCCAGCUCAGGGAGAUGUCGGAGGCGCGGCCGAUUCUGGAGAUGUGUUCGUGCGCUGCGGCGAGCUGCUGGACAAGCUUCUGUGGCACGAGGACGGGUGGGUUUUCGCCGAGCCGGUGGACGCGCGGGCCUUGCGGCUCGCCGACUACUACACCUGCAUCUCCGACCCCAUGGAUCUCGGCACCGUCGGCCGCCGCCUCGAGCGCCGGCGGUACCAGGACCCGUGGGCGUUCGCCGCCGACGUCCGGCUCACCUUCCGCAACGCCAUGUCCUACAACAGCCCAGGCGACCCUGUGUACGAGAGCGCGGCCGAGCUCUCCGACAUCUUCGAGUCCGGGUGGCCCUCUGUUCUUGCGCCGCCGGACGCCGAGCGCAAACGGAGGCUCAGCGACGUGCUGCCGCGGCUGCCGGUGGGUGCACAGGUCAUGGUGGCCGAGAUCAUGAGGAAGCGGGACGGAUGCCUGCGGGAGGAGAACGGGAUGGCGGAGCUGGACCUUGACAAGGCGGAUGCCGCGACGCUGGACGAGCUCGAGCGCCUGGUGGCGGAGCACGGGGCUCCUGCUCCACUCGUCGGCGUGGGCAACGUGAACUAGGUAACUCUCGGCAGUAUGCUCGUUGCUGUCGAUUCUGCGCUUUAGCGUUUCAGUAAACUCGUGGAACCUGCAUUUUCUUUGAAAAAGUUGCUUUGGUUGAUUGCGUUGGCCCAGUGGAUAUUGUUAUAAAUGGCUACAAUAAUAAAGCUCAUGGUUGUACUUUUAGUAGUACCUUGUUUCCUUAUUGCCACUCAUCCUUAAUAUAAUA